CUUGUGAACUACUCAGCAAUAUGAAGUGCUUUUUUGAAGCUCUAGCCAUCCUGGCUGUCCUGUCGGCACCCACUGUGGGUGCAAGUUUCAAGGAACCGAUGCCCAAAGUAAAUCGACUUCCAAAAGAGCCAAUGAUUACGAGAGCUACGGUUCAUGAGCGCUGGAUUAACCAGAAGUUAGACAACUUCGACGAGGACAACAAUGCGACUUGGAGCAAUCGAAUCUUUAUCAACGAGCAAGAUUUUGUCGACGGUUCCCCUAUCUUCAUCUACCUGGGCGGUGAGUCGGAGCAACUACCCAGUCGCAUUUCUUCCGGACUCUGGGUGGACAUUGCCAAACAACACAAUGGAACGAUUGUCGCCACCGAACAUCGAUUCUACGGCAAGAGCACUCCCAUAACCCCGUAUUCCACCGAAAACCUCGAAAAGUAUCAAAGCAUCAACCAAGCUCUGGCCGAUGUCAUCAACGUAAUCCAGACUCUAAAAGAAGAGGACAAGUAUAAGGACUCCAAGGUUGUUAUUCAUGGUUGCUCCUACUCUGCAACCAUGGCUGCCUGGAUCCGUAAGCUUUAUCCCGACAUUAUUGUGGGAAGCUGGGCCUCCUCGGCUCCGCUCGUGGCCAAGGUAGAAUUUAAGGAAUACUUCAAAGUUAUCGGCGAGUCGUUCAGGAUCCUUGGAGGACAGUAUUGCUACGAUUUGAUCGAUAAUGCCACAAACUACUACGAGAAUCUCUUCGCAAACGGAAAGGGAGACCAGGCUAAGAAAGAGCUCAACUUAUGCGACGACUUUGAUCCUAAAAACGAAUGGGAUCGUUGGCACGUUUUCAUUAAUACUGCCAUGAUUUUUGCAGAUAUUGCUCAAUAUCAAAAACCAGCUAACAAAGACAUUCAUCGGACCUGCAUGGAAAUGAGGUCCUUCAGCGAUGAUGAUUCUGUGGCCCUGUCCAAAUUCGUUAACUGGAAAACGAAUAAUCACACUGGUGUGUGCAUCAAUGUCACUUUCGCAAAUCUUACGGAAAUGUAUGAAAAAGGCAAGGAAAACUAUGAAGACAGCGCCCUGCCCUGGUUAUUCCAAUCCUGCAGGGAAUUUGGCUGGUUCCAGACUUCGGGUAGCAGCCAACAACCCUUCGGAACAUCCUUUCCUCUUAGGUUUUCCGAGGACCUCUGUGAGGAAAUCUUUGGCUCAUCAUACAACCCCGCUGGCAUCCGCUCCAAUGUAAUGGCGACUAAUGCCGAAUUCGGCGGUUUGGAUAUUGACUACACCAAUGUUUACUUCGUAUAUGGGGAACUCGACGGAUGGACCAGGGUGGGUGCUGAAGUGUCUCAGGGAGCAACGAUAAUCCCACAGGCCUCCCAUUGCCCCGACACCGAUUCGAUUGCCGUCAACGACAGUCCCGAACUUCUCGUCUCAAAAAAGAAAGUGAUUGCUCUAGUGGAUCAGUGGCUGGAGGAAGCGCAAUCUGCACACUUUUGAAACUCUUUUCAACAAAUUUUAAUUAAAUUAAAAUUAUGAAAUUAUUUAUAAAUAUCCCAUCUUAAUAAAUAAAGUUAAAUAAGC